UUUAGCCGGUCUCUCCUCCCUCUGCUGCAGCGGCCAUGCUGCUGUCCGCCGCCUGUCUCGGUGCAUCCCGGUCCACCGCCGGUGUAGCCUGCCGCCGCUGCAUCCCUGAAUCCCAGGUUAGCGGACCGGCUUGGACCGGGUCGGCUCGGUCGUAGCGGUUCAGUCCGCCUGGAUCCACCGGAGCAGACCCGAACACGGCGCCGGUUGGCCCGGGGGGAAGAGGAGAAAGCCUCCAUAGCAACAAACCGGUUUCACGGCAUUAUUGUGAUGGAGGGAUGUUGGAGGAUGCUGGGAGUGUGACUGAGACAGAAACCCCCAAACCGACCAGAUUACCAGGAUUACCAGGACUGCAAAGCAUCGUGCCAGGUGUAAAGCGGGACUGCUGGGGCUCAGCGGGCUUGAACCAGGUCUGCGCUACAAUGUGCUGGGUUUAGAGCCAGAUCACGGGGUUACUACUGGGUCGUUGACACUGCAGGAAGGUCACUGCGAGGACAAAUCAGCAAAGUAGAGAGUAGACGUCUGAAUUUCGGCCCCACUAACAUGAGCGGUGUCAAAGCGGCCUUUAGUUAGAAACCCCACCUGGUCUCUCCGGAUUAAAGCAUCAAUGAAAUAGCUGAAUUUUAGGAUUCUUUUGGUGGAGAAAGGACUGUCUGUAGUAUUAACACAGUAGGAUACCACUGGAUUUAAAACAGGGUUACCUGAUCUGCAGACGGAUACGGGGACUACACCUGCUGCCUUUUUACUGGUGUUCCUCCUGGAUUACAGAAACCCUGCAGCCAGGACCAGACACCUAAAAAUACCAUCUUUUGGGGGUCAGCAGGGCUACAAAGCAUGUUAGAAGCCUGCAUGUUGAACAUCACAGGGAUUACAGCUGGUCUUUGAGAAUCUGAAACCGCGACAGCCAGAUUACUGUGUCUACUGGUUCUACAUCGCUCUGAAUGGGAUCAUAAAACUAUUGUGGUAAAAGAACAGUUAUUAGCUACUGGGUCUACAAGUGAGUCACCAAGCUUAGCACACAUCUGAUCAGGACUACACAGCAACUGGACUCAAGGUAUCCGAGCUAAAAACCAGGUAACCACGACAAGAGUCGCUGUUAUCGUACUCGGAAGAUGAAUCUUUCGUAGCAGGGUCUCUGUUGAACGCCACCGGACCAGUAUUCACCAUGUCUUUGAGUAAGACCCUGGAGCUGGAGCACUUCGAUGAACGCGAGAAGGUUCGCCGGGGACGCUCCACGCGCACUAAGAGAGAUGAUUCCACCGCCAGUGCUGGCGGCGGGGGGUCUGGCCCCAGCUCCCGGGGCAGCAGCCUGGUCCCAAGCCCUGCCCACAGCGCCAACUGCAGCUACUACCGGACCCGAACCCUGCAGGCGCUGACCUCGGAGAAGCGGGCCAAAAAGGUCCGGUUCUACCGUAAUGGAGACCGGUACUUCAAGGGUCUGGUGUACGCUGUUUCCAGCGACCGGUUCCGCUCCUAUGACGCGCUGCUGAUGGAGCUGACGCGCUCGUUGGCGGAUAACCUGCAUCUGCCGCAAGGGGUGCGCACGAUCUACACCAUAGAUGGCAGCAAGAAGAUCACCAGUAUGGACGAGCUGGUGGAAGGCGAGUGCUAUGUCUGUGCCUCCAAUGAGCCUUACCGAAAGGUGGACUACACCAAGAUCUCCAUCCCGAGCUGGAAGCCGGGUGCUGGCGCCGGGGCGGGACCUGCCAGCUCAAGUCGGCCCUCCACGGCAUCGACAGGGGUGUCAGCCAGCACCAGCUCCUCCAAAGAUCGUCCCGAAGGUCGUGAGAGCAGGGAGAGCAAAGACUUUAUCAAGCCCAAGCUGGUGACGGUGAUCCGCAGCGGCGUGAAGCCUCGCAAGGCGGUGAGGAUCCUGCUGAACAAGAAGACGGCUCACUCCUUUGAACAAGUGCUGGCCGACAUCACGGAGGCCAUCAAGCUGGACUCCGGGGCCGUGAAGAGGCUGUACACGCUGGAUGGGAAACAGCUGACCUGUCUGCAGGAUUUCUUUGGAGACGACGAUGUGUUCAUGGCGUGCGGGCCGGAGAAGUUUCGAUACGCUCAGGACGACUUUGUGCUCACACACAGCAGCAAAACACCUGCUUUUGUUAACGAGUGCAGAGCCAAGGCAUCUCGCUCCACCGCCCCUGUAAAAACUACAACUCCCAAGAGCCCCAGCAGCUCUGGCUUCUCCUCCUCCAGGACUCCACCUAAAGGCCUGCCCAGAACGAAGUCUCCAGGUCCAGCCAAUGAGGCCUCAGGAUCGCAUUCAGCGGGGAAGUCCUCUAGAUCCAGCCCCUCCCCCACAAGCCCUGGGACACGGCGCAACCUCAAGAUGUCUCCUCGUCGUGCUUCCUCCUCAGAUGUAAACGGAGAGGCCGAGCAGACAGAUGACACCACUGUCGAAGUGAACGGGAAUCGCUCUGUUUCGUCCUCCAUCAUCAACGAGAAGUACCAGGUUGGUAAAGUGAUCGGAGACGGAAACUUUGCUGUGGUCAAAGAGUGCGUGGAGAGGUCAACGGGACAGGAGUUUGCUCUGAAGAUCAUCGAUAAAGCUCGCUGCUGUGGGAAGGAGCACCUGAUAGAAAAUGAAGUGGCGGUGCUGCGGAGGGUUCGACAUCCCAGCAUCAUCCAGUUAAUCGAGGUGGAUGAAACGCCCAGUCAGCUGUUCCUGGUCAUGGAGCUCGUCAAGGGCGGCGACCUGUUCGACGCCAUCACCUCCUCCACCAAGUACAGCGAGCGUGACGCCAGCGCCAUGGUGUUCAACCUGGCCGGAGCCAUCAAGUACCUGCACCGGAUGAACAUCGUCCACCGAGACAUCAAACCAGAGAACCUGCUGGUGUGUGAGUACCCAGACGGCACUAAGUCACUGAAGCUGGGUGACUUUGGUUUGGCGACGGUGGUAGAGGGACCGCUGUACACCGUCUGUGGCACGCCGACGUAUGUCGCCCCGGAGAUCAUCGCAGAGACUGGUUACGGUCUGAAGGUGGAUAUCUGGGCGGCAGGAGUGAUCACCUACAUCCUGCUGUGUGGAUUCCCUCCAUUCAGAAGUGAGAAUAACGUCCAGGAGGAGCUGUUUGAUCAGAUCCUCAGAGGGAAGCUGGAGUUUCCGUCUCCAGAUUGGGACACCAUCAGCCUCCCAGCCAAGAUGCUGAUCAGUCAGAUGCUGCAGGUGAACGUUGACACUCGUUUCACUGCCGAGGAGGUCCUGUCCCACCCCUGGGUCACGGAUGAGGCUCCCGUAGACUCCAACACUGUGAGCAGCACUGAAGAACCGACCAGUGGUGACACACUGGAACCAGAGCAGGAAUCCCCAAUACUGGAAACCAAACAAGUUCCCUCACCUCUGGUCUAAAACACACCCCCUUUGAUCGACCGGAAACCCAAAAAGUUUCCCCACCUCUGGUCUCGACCCGUCCAGGAAACCAAACAGGUUCCCUCAAAUAUGGACCAGAACACGUCCCCUUUCAUCUACUGGAAACCAAACAAGUAUCCCUAUCUCUGCUCUAGAACUCCAUGUUCGUGCACUGAAAACAAAGUUCCUUCACAUCUGCUCUAGAAUAUGCCCCCUUUCAUCUAAUGGUAACCAAAGGAGUUCCCACACCUUUGGUCUAGAACUAGUCCUGUUUCAUCCAGUGGAAACCAAACAAGUUCCUACAUCUCUGGUUUUGAACAAGUACCCUUUUAUCAACUGGAAACCCAAAUCAAAACUAGUCUAGAACUCUUCCUUUUUUCCCCCUCCAAUAAAAUCUUGAUUUUUAUCACCUGCAGUCCAGAGCACAUCCUGUUUGAUCUUGUGGAGCCCAAAUGAGUUUUAUCCUCUGGAAGCAAAACAAGUCGACCACCAUCCAAUUUAGGAGAGGACUUUUUACACCUACCGGAAACAAAAUAUGUUCUCUGGCAUCUGACCUAGAACACCUUCCUGUUUCUUCUACUGGAAACCAAACAAGUUCCCUCAUUCUUGGUCUACAACAAAUCCCCAUUUACCCACUGAAAACUGACCAAGUUCCCUCACAUCUGGUCUAGAAUCCUACCUGUUCAAUCUACUUGCCUCAGUGCUGGUCCAGAAGUGUCCCAUUGCCUUUAUGGGAAACCAGUUCUCUAAUUUUUGGUCCUGAAAACAUCUUGUUUCAUCUGCUGGACACUUAGCAUGUUCUCUUACCUCUAGAAACCAAAUAAGUCCCGACAAAUCUGAUCUAGAACUCAUCCUGUUUCAUCCACUGGAUACCAAAUAAGUUCCCACAAAUCUGAUCCAUAACUCGUCCUGUUUCAUCCACUGGAUACCAAAUAAGUUCCCACAAAUCUGGUCGAGAAUUCAUCCUGUUCUUUCACCUGAAACUAAAUAACUCCUCAGUCUAUAAUACAUCCCCUUUUAUCAAUUGGAAACCAAAUGAGUUUUCUUAAAUCCACCCUAGAAUCAGUCAUGCUUCAACUACUGGAAACCAUCAGGUUCCCUCUAGUCUCGAACAUGUAUUUUAUCUUCCAGAAACCAAAUCUAUACCCCCGUCUCUGGUGUAGAAUGUAUCCCAUUUAAUUCAAUGGAAACCAAACAAGUUCCCUCAAACCUAGUCUAGAUUAUGUCCCUUUUAAAACGUAGACAAAAGGAGUUCCCAUACCCCUGGUUUAGAACAUGUUUAUUUUCAUGUACUGGAA